CUGAGCAAUCGUGCGUGAUAUUCAGUAGGCUAGCUGAAUGAUCUAGUGUGUGUGAGAGAGAGGGAGAGGGAGAGGGAGAGAGGACUAGAGCUAGAGAUGAGUCUCUCAAGUGCUCUGGAAUGGUGGGAGGAGUGGCAGCUGCGGAUCCUCGUGCUCUGCAGCCUCUUCGUCUACUACAUCCUCAACUUCUCCUGUACGGUUCGUAUCAUUCCAAACCUCCGCAGGUUGAGAGCACUGAUAUGGAUGGCAUACAUCGGCAGCGACGCCCUCGCCAUCUAUGCUCUCGCCACCCUCUUCAACCGCCACAAGGACGAGACAACAAGGGCCGCCACCAGCACCACCCUGGAGGUCAUGUGGGCGCCUGUCCUCAUCCACCUCGCCGGCCAUCCAACGAUAAGUGCAUACAGCCUUGAAGACAACGAGCUAUGGAAGCGGCAUGUCAUAACUCUCGUGUCCCAAGUCACGGUUGCCUUGUACGUCUUCUGCAAGUGGUGGUCUGGUGACAAAAGAUUGCUGCAGGCAGCUGUCUUGCUCUUUAUUGUUGGCAUCCUCAAAUUCAGCGAGAAGCCAUGGGGACUCAGGGCAUCUAGCUUUACCAGCAUGCUGGCCUCUGUUCCUGUGUCCCUGCAAAGAGGAGAAAGAUACAGGCGAAGGAGAGAAAGAUUCAGAUUUAAGUGCUGGGCAUUUUGCAGCACCCAUCGUAAGGAUAAUAUGGCACCGAUGAAUGAUGAAGAAGACGAGCCAACCCUUUCGCUUGAAGAAUAUGUACAGCAAGCGAAGAAGUGUGUUGUGGGUAUGCAGGUAGACCUUAAUCAAGCACAAGCGUACAGAGAUGCAACUAGUUACAUCAGUGGUUACACUGAUAAGAUGUUCGUUGACAUGUCUGCUCCAUACUCUGCUCGUCUUAGCCAGCUUCAAUCCUUCCUGAAUCUUGACGACGAGCAUGCACACGAUAUGUUGCAGAGGUGCGUUGCACAUACAUUUAUUCUCCUGUAUAGCAGAAUUGGAUCAUUGCCCAAGGGUCUUGGCCUCUUGUUAUGGUUUGUUUUGAUUCGAUCCCUGUCCUUGGCUUCUGUGGUGCUCUUCGCUGUAAGCAACAAGGAUGGUUAUGAGAAGAACGACAUUAGGGUGACAUACAUCCUCUUCUGCGGCAAUGCUUUGAUGGACUUCAUACCUUGGAUCUUAGCCAUCCUGUACAGUCCAUUCCAGUGCUGCCGUAAAGCGCAUUCAGGCAGAUGGUGGCAUGACAUGGUUUCCCAGUUCAGCAUCAUGUCCUUCUGUGUCCGCAAGAAGAAGCCCACUGUUCUGAUGAAGCUUGCUAUCUUUACUUGCCUGAGACAGUACAUUAACAUGAACUGUUAAAUUCGU